AUGUCGGAUUUUUGCAGAAAGCUUGAUACUGCUGAUUCUUUUUCCCUGGAACUCCUGGAGAAGACUGACAAGUUAUCAACUUCGUGGCCAUCGAAUCACUUCUCACCACUGGUUGAAUUGGGAAUUUGGGAUUUUGACAAAACCUCGUACCAAUCAAUCCUAUGGCUAACUGCAAGAGAUGAGAAGAGGGGUCUUGAUGCGCUCCACCAGCUUCAAGAAAUCGGAGGUCUUUCUGAUUCUGAGGAUGUGAUCUAUCAUCAGCUUGAUGUGGCAGAUCCAUCAAGCAUUGUUUCACUAGCCGAGUUCAUCAAGGCUCAGUUUGGAAGGCUUGAUAUCUUGGUGAACAAUGCUGGAAUAAUUGGAACAAACAAUGAUGCUUAUACAGCUGCGGCUGAGGAACUUGCUUCAGGGACAGAAUGGGAGAAAAUCGAUUGGAAUAAGAUUAUUGUUGCUGAAACGUAUGAGUUGGCAGUGGACUGCUUGCGAACAAACUAUUAUGGCUCAAAAAGAAUGAUUGAAGCCUUCACCCCCACUUCUCCAAUUAUCUCAAUCACCCAGAAUUGUCAAUGUUUCAUCAAAAAUGGGGCAAAUAUACCAAGCGAAUGGGCAAAGUGGAUGCUAGGCGAUGACAAGUUUAUCAUAGAAGAGAGAGUAGAUGAGGUGGUGAAUAAAUUCAUGCAAGACUUCAAGGAAGGUUCCCUGGAAUCCCAAGGAUGGCCUUUAUCCUACUCUGCUUACAUUGUCUCAAAAGCAGCCAACAAUGCAUACACAAGAAUUGUGGCAAAGAAGCUGCCAGACAUGAAAGUCAAUUGCGUUUGUCCUGGUUAUGUCCAAACUGAUCUUAACAACAACACAGGCAUGCAAACUGCAGAAAAAGGUGCUGAAAAGAUUAUGAAGCUUGUGAUGCUGCCUGAUGAUGGUCCUUCUGGCUUGUUUUUCGCGCGAUGGGAACUUUUGCAUUUGGGAAUUGGGAUAAUCUGUUGUAACCAUGAUUACUGCAAUGCAAGCUUCUUUGCGCCUAGAGAAAAUGUCAGGUUUGCAGUAGUGACUGGGGCAAACAAAGGGAUAGGAUUUGAGGUUGUGAGGCAAUUAGCCUCUCAAGGAAUCACUGUGGUGUUAACUGCAAGAGAUGAGAAGAGGGGUCUUGAUGCAGUCCACAAGCUCAAAGAAUCUGGUGAUCUUUCUGGUGAUGUGAUAUUUCAUCAGCUUGAUGUCGCAGAUUCGUCUAGUGUUGCUUCACUUGCCGAAUUUGUCAAAGCUCAGUUUGGAAGGCUCGAUAUCCUGGUGAACAAUGCAGGGAUAAUUGGAGUCAAAACAAGUCAUGAAGGCUAUUCUGCUGCAGCUGCACAAGCAGCUACCGGGACAGAAUGGGAAAAAAUCAAUUGGAAUGAGAUGAUUGAUUCUCAAACGUACGAAAUGGCAGUGAACUGCUUGCAAACAAACUACUAUGGUGAUAAGAGAAUGAUUGAAGCCUUUACACCACUUCUCGAGUUAUCUAAAUCACCAAGAGUUGUAAAUGUUUCCUCAGUAACGGGGCUUCUAAAGUACAUAUCGAAUGAAUGGGCAAAGGGGACACUAAGCGACGAGAAGCAUCUUACAGAAGAGAGAGUGGAUGAGGUGGUGAAUGAAUUUCUGCAGGACUUUGAGGCCGGAUCCCUGGAAGCCAAAGGAUGGCCUUUAUUCUUUGGGGCUUACAUUGUCUCAAAAGCUGCCAUUAACGCGUACACAAAGGUCGCAGCGAGGAAGCAGCCAAGUAUGAAGAUCAAUUGCCUCUGUCCUGGUUAUGUCAAAACUGAUAUUAACUACAACACAGGCUUCAUAACUGCAGAAGAAGCUGCUGAAAAGGAAUUAAGUGGAGCAGACAGAGACAAAGAAAAUGAUGCUUUUACUGCUGCAAAAGCUGCAGGAAUGGUAAAGUUUGCAGCUAAAUCUGGUGUUAUGUUCUUUUCUUUCCAGAGUUAUCAGCCGUUUGCAGUUGUGACAGGGUCCAACAAAGGGCUGGGAUUUGAGAUUGUGAGGCAAUUAGCUUCUCAUGGAAUCACUGUGGUGUUGACAGCUAGAGAUGAGAAAAGGGGUCUUGAGGCUGUGCAGAAGCUGAAAGAAUCUGAUGGCUUUUCUGAUGGUAUUCUGCUUUUUCAUCAGCUUGAUGUGUCUGAUUCAUCCAGUGUUGCUUCCCUCGCUGAAUUCAUCAAGAAUAAAUUUGGAAGGCUUGAUAUCUUGGUGAAUAAUGCAGGAAUAAUCGGAGCCAGCGCAGACAGUGAUAUUGCGCAAGCUGCUGCUGCACAAGCUGCUUCAGGGGUCAGGUUUUUUUUUUUUUUUUUUUUUUUCCUUCCUUGAACUGCAGAUGAAUCUGUUUGGCACAGUUUCUUUGAAGAAAUAUAACAGUCUACAGUUAGACAGUUCACAAUGACCAUAUGUCUAUAUACAUCAAAAGGAAUGAAAAGAAAAAAAUCAGGAUACUCAAAAAUAUUUUGAUUAAUCAAAAAGCUCACCCCUGUUUGUAUUUCUUUUGUGCUGCCAUUUUCUUUCUUUGUAGACUGCUAAUGUUCUUUUGUACCACCCCUUCAGCUUCCCUUUAAUUUCAUGGGGAGGUUGGAUGAUAAGAUUUUUAUUAUCUAAUCUUGAUUCUGUAUAACCAGAUUUACUUUAAUCUUGAUUGUUGCAGACAGAAUGGGAUAACAUCAAUUGGAAUGAGAUGAAUAUCCCUCAAACAUAUGAACUGGCAGUGAACUGCUUGCAAACAAACUACUACGGCGCAAAAAGAAUGGUUGAAGCCUUCAUGCCACUUCUCCAAUUAUCUCCAUCACCCAGAAUUGUCAAUGUGUCCUCUGAGUAUGGGCUAUUAAAGGUGAUCUUAUUUUAAAAUCUUCUUCUCAGUUACCUUGUUUGGAAAUGUUGAAUGUUAUUUGAAGUCUUGUAUAGCAAUAGGACACAGAAAAGGCCUAUCAGAAAACUUACUUGUGGAUGGCUUUGAGUCUUUUUGCACUAUUGGAAAAGAAUGCACCUCAACUGUGUGAUGCUUGACAUUUUUCACAGUAUACGAAAAGCAUGUCACAGAGGAGAGAGUGGAUAAGGUGGUGAAUGAAUUUCUGCAUGACUUCAAAGCAGGAUCCUUGGAAGCCAAAGGAUGGCCUCUAUUCUUUGGGGCUUACCAUGUCUCAAAAGCAGCCCUGAAUGCCUACACAAGGAUUGUGGCAAAGAUACACCCUGAUAUGAAGGUCAAUUGCAUCUGUCCAGGUUUUAUCAAAACUGAUUUCAACUUCCACGCCGGCACGAUAUCUGUUACAGAAGGUGCUGAGAAGGUUAUGAAGCUUGUGCUGCUGCUUGAUGAUGGUCCUUCUGGCUUGUUUUUCCUUGGGGGAGAAGUAUCAUCCUACUAAUAAAAAAUGGCCCACUAUUAUAUAUACUCUUUAUGUUUAUAGUUUUGUAUAUAUACUCAUGAUCUAGGGGUUAUCCAUGUGUUUUACAUAUAGAUUAAUAGAUAAAUAAUGUGUAGAUCAGUCAAGAGUUUUGCGACAAUCACUAGUUGAAGCUGCAUUUUUAUUUCUUGUUGUCGUGUGCCAUUAAUCAUCAAAAUCUAUUGUGUAUUAAUCAUGUUUCAGAAAAAAAAUUUCCCUUACAACAAUUUUAAGUUGGAUGUAGAACACUACAUAAAGGUCUGUG